UUUGGCACGUCAUUUAUUUGUGAGUGUACCGGUGCCGAAAUAUAGGGAGUAGUUGUAUAUUUUAUCGAGCAAAAUAAGCAAUAAACCUGAAAGUUUCUAGCACUAAGAUUUCUAUCCCAUCCACGAAAAUGAUCGAAGCAUUGUACAGUGUGCCAUUUAUGCUGUUCGAGGUACCGAAUCUCAAACUUAAGCGACCGUCCUGGAUACAGCAGCCAUCGGCAAUGACUGUUUUCUCAUUCGUGUUGCUUUCGUACUUUUUGGUAACAGGAGGAAUAAUCUACGACGUGAUUGUUGAACCUCCGAGUGUGGGAUCCACAACAGAUGAGCAUGGCCACACCCGUCCUGUUGCUUUCAUGCCAUAUCGCGUCAAUGGCCAGUAUAUAAUGGAGGGACUUGCUAGCAGCUUCCUGUUCACGAUUGGAGGUCUUGGUUUUAUCAUAAUGGAUCAAACCCACACGCCCGGUAAACCGAAGCUUAACAAAAUACUUCUAAUAGCAAUGGGUUUCAUCUUUAUUUUGGUUUCGUUUUUCACGACGUGGAUAUUUAUGAGAAUGAAGCUUCCAGGGUAUCUGCAGCCCUAAUAUUUCAGUUUAACGUAAAUUUAAAGCAAUUAUCGUUCGUCAUUUGCUAUGCGCAUUUAUUCUACAGAAUAAAAGAUAUAAAAUGUCCAAA